AUGGGAGCACUUGCAUUUAAAAGACGAAAAGCUCCUUUUUCUUUCCUUAAAUCCCCUUGCGACCGCAAGGAGGUAGGUGCCGUCCCGGGGCCGCCCCGGUGCCGCCACCUUUGCUCCCUGUGCGCGGCCCUGCGUGCGGUCAGGGCGCCUCUGGGCUGGGGGAAGCCGGGAGCUGUGUCUGGAGGUGCCAUCCUCGUCUCUGAGGUGAAAGAGAAAUCUAAAUCGAGUAGCAGCACUGCCCGGGAGGCCAAUGGCUUCCCGGCUGACACGUCUGCCAACUCCUCGCUGCUGCUGGAGUUCCAAGAUGAGAACAGUAACCAGAGCUCCUUGUCAGACGUCUACCAGCUCAAGGUGGACAGCAGCCCCAACUCCAGCCCCAGCCCCCAGCAGAGCGAGUCCAUGAGCCCCGCGCACACGUCUGACUUCCGCACGGAUGACUCGCAGCCGCCCACGCUGGGGCAGGAGGCUCUGGAAGAGCCCUCCCUGCCUUCCUCGGAAGUGGCAGACGAGCCUCCCACUCUCACCAAGGAAGAGCCGGUGCCGCUCGAGACUCAGGUCGCUGAAGAGGAGGAGGACUCGGGCGCGCCGCCUCUGAAGAGAUUUUGUGCCGAUCAGAACUCUGUGUGCCACACGGCCUCGGAGAGCUAGCCGGCCCGGCCCGGGGACAGCGCCUUCGCCAGCCCCUCGCAGAGCCAGCCUGCCCUUCCCUGCGGACGGGGUGCUUCCCUCCCGCCUGCCUUUUCCCGGGGGACAGGGAAUUCCCGCCACCUCGUGAGCCAGCCUGCCCUGUCCCCGGGCACGGGCG